UGCCAAUCAGCCCGCUUCGUCCCAGUUAGCGAGCGCCCAGUUUCCCGCUGUCCAAUAAGUCCCGCUCCUGCGAGCGCUUAGUUUGAAGUUCUGCCGCCGCUACCGCUAUAAAGCCGACGCCAGCGCAUGGGACUGCGGCACAGACGCGGAGGGGCUGGUCACUGCAAGCGGCCGCUGUCACAGGCAUGUCCGAACAGUUGGAUGCUGAUGACUUUGAUGAACUGGAUGCAUUUUUCACCGUUUUUGCCGGAUCCUCCAUAGAGGAUGUGACCUACGCCAAAGUCUUCUGGAGUUCCGUCACUUUACAGCCGCCUCUUGAAUCCCGCUUGGUUUCUGCGAGUAUUAGUCAGCGGCUUAAAGUAGCGGGAGAUCCCCAGCCCUCUCUUGAACAAUCUACACCGAACAAAGCAGAAGAGGAGGACCUGCUGGAGACAGCACACCGCAGGCAGAGGGCAGCAGAAAAGCAGAAGUACCUGGAGAUGGCAAAAAAGAGGCAGGACAUCAUGGCGCUGCUGAAAAAACAAAGAGAGGAUCGGAUUAAGAAAGAGAUGGUAUCCCGGCCGUAUAAGCCAAGGAAACGUGACAAGCCUGAAAGGUCUGACAGCAGAUCUCCACCAGAACAGUCACGCCAGGAUGCAGAGGAAGUGCGACGUUUGAUCUAAUGGCUGGUGUCACGAAGGAGACAUGAACGACUGUCACAUGUCAGCAAGUCCCACUCCCCGAGCCUCCUGAUCUACAUGCCCACAAAAUGAAUAAAUUGUUUCGGAGCAGAAAGAAAACAUUGUUGUCGCUAUUUUUGAAGUAACCUUUGUGGAGCCUAAAUCAUCACCGAAGAAGGUGAAAAUACAUAUUUAGAUUACAGAAGAAAAAUAUGUUUAUUUAUCUAUAUCAAUUUCGUUUGACACACUUUCGUUUGACGCAUUUGGGGUUGAAAGUUAACCUGACGCAACAUGUCAGCCAAACAUCUUACGAACUAUUGCACUUGUUACUGAAGUGGCGUAAAAUGUAACCAUAUAAAUAUAAUCUGUAGCAAACAUUAGGCUGUAAAAUUGCAUUGGUAUCGCCAAGUUUUACGCAUCAAAUGUGUGUUUAAUUCAACAAUUUCACAUAACCAUAAUACUUAAUUGUCGUUGUACGAUUGUACAUAUUACGACAAACUGUAAACAUGAAUCAUUUUCCUUUAAACUUAAUUAAAAAUAUUGGAGUUCC